CUAACGUCAAAGAUGACUCUGUUAAAAAAUUUGGCUAGUGCUUCGAAGGAAGAGGUGUCUGAGUUUAUUAAUUCCUUUGAUCAUGUUUUAUUUGAUAUAGACGGUUGCUUGCUACUAGGCGGAAUUGUGGUUUCAACAGCGGACACGUGCGUGUCUAAACUCAGGAAGCUCGGGAAAAGAAUAGCAGCCGUAACGAAUAACUCUAUUUUACCGCCAAAAAAUAUAGAGAUGCUACUUGCCCCGUUUGACAUAAAAUGGGACCGAGUCGUUACUCCAGCGAUGGGAAUUUUAUCCUACUUGAAAAGGGUUAAAUUCAGUCGAAGAUUGUAUGUGAUUGGAUCCACUAAUUUUAGGGAAUCAUUGAAGAAAGAAGGUUUCGACAUUGUCGACUUUGGGACAGAAAAUCUUGAAGAAACAAUGAGCGCAGUUAUGAAACACAUUGGGCAGAUAGCAGCUACUUCGAACGUAGGUGCUGUUGUUUUGGAGAUGGAUAUCAAUUUCACUUUUGCCCAAGCUGUACAGGCAAUUGUUUUACUAAAAACUUAUAAAGAUAUAGAAUUAAUUACAGGGAUGAAAGACAUUUCGCUUCCCCUUGCCAAGGAGUUCACUGUUUUGGGGUCCGGAUUUUACAUCGACGCCAUCGAAUCAAUAACCCAACGUACCGAGUCCAUCACAAGAUUCGCAAAACCAAGUGCUAAGUUAGCAGACGUGGCUAACGAGAAAUUUCACAUUACAGAUCGGAGUAGGGUUUUAUUUGUAGGCGAUAGCAUUGAAAGUGAUAUGGGAUUUGCACACAACGCCGGGUACAAAAAGUUGCUCGUAUUGACAGGAAAUACGAAGGAGAAAGACAUUAUUAACUGGCAAUAUCCUGAAAGUCAUAAACCGGAUUACUAUAUUGAAAGUGUAGGCGAUUUCGGCGAAUUGCUAACUAAAUUCAACUUCGCAUAAUUUAUUGUUUAUAGUAAUUUAUUAUUUAUCGGUAAUAAAACAGGACAUUUUAGGUUAUA